AUGGCCCAGAGCGCGCACCACGACCUUGCCCCGCGCACCGACACGCAACUAACUCCCAAGCACGCCGCGAACGGAAUCCACGGCUCUUCAACGUGUCUUGACGCUCAAGCCGGCAUCAACUCAGUCUUCGAUCUCAACAGCCAGCACCCUACGCCCUUGAACACAUUGCUCAACACGAAACGGCGCAGGAAACGACGGCAGCGGAUGAGAGGCGAUGAGCAAAGAGAAACGGGGCGCGCAACACGGCUCGUCGAGCACGAACGGCGUCGCGCAGAUGUGAAGGCCCCAAACGCCGCCGUAACGCCGCCAGACCUGCCACAAGCCUUCAACAGGGCGCGUACAGCCCCGAGUUCUCGAAAAGAAACCAGCCAACAAGCGCAUCUCCACCAUCUACGCGACGCCUUACGCCCAACACGAACUGAGGAGAGACGAAGAGGCUCGGGGGAUCGUAACAGGUAA